AUGUUCUUAAUGCCUGCUUUGUACGGAGGAUAUGGUAUUGAUUCCGCACUUAAAGUAGCCUUCUAUCCUCAUAUGUUAAUGACCGAUGCUAAAUGUCUAUCCUAUCUAAUUGGUUUAAUUUUCUUACAAACGGCUUUUGGUUUGAUUGAAUUAUCGCACCCAGAUAACUCCAUACCAGUGAACCGGUUUGUAACUCCGCUUCAUAUCGUACCUGAAUGGUACUUUUUAGCAUAUUAUGCGGUGUUAAAAGUAAUCCCAUCCAAAACCGGUGGUUUGUUAGUAUUUAUGUUAUCAACAUGUCAAUGA